ACCAGUCAGGGUUAACAUGCGUUUGACGACACGUGCGCACUAUAAAAUGCUGUGUAUCUCAUUGCAAGCGAGCAUUUUAGGAGCGCAUUCUGCUUUGAUCAUACGAUUUUUCGAAAGGAAAUGGCGGAGAAAACAACACCUUUAUUGAGCGCAAAUGCGCCGCAACAAACAAUUGAAGAUAUCGUGCGUGAAAAUGAAGAAAUGAAGCAAAAGCUGAUGUGUACGGUGUGCGUUGACAAGGUCAGAUGCAUUGUGUUCCUACCAUGCAGACAUCUAUUGGCCUGUGAACUGUGUGGUCUUCCAGCAAACACCUGCAUGAAAUGCAACACUGUGGUGAAGGAACACUUGAAUGUCAUAAGAGCAGUUUGAAGCUGAAUGGACAAAAUGAGACAAUGUCUACACUUAUUAACUUUGUGUGUAUUAUCAAUCACUAAUCAUUUUCCUUUCUUUCGAUACAUUUAUAUUACGAUUUUUUCUAAGAAGUACACUGUACGAUACAUUCAUAUGAAUCAGUUGUAGUCUAUACUCCUUCGUCAUUGUUAACAAACUGUUACAUACAUACAUGAGUCCCAUUAUAAUCGACAUGUAACGCACAAGGCGGUUCAUUUUGUAUCACAUGUUUGCAAUGUUUUCAGGUUGUUGUUAUAUAUUAACAUAAACAUUGUAAUAAAUUAAAAUUAAGUAAUACAUGUAAGUCACCAAUCCUGUAAGUUAUUUAACGUUAAUAGCCACGCUAUAUGUAUCAAUUCAUGUUUAACAUGUUUUGUUUUAUACUUCUUCUAUGUGUUUAACACAAUAACUUUUUUCCACUACAUCUCAGUUAACAAAAAUAU